AUGUAUGAUACAUUGAACUCUCAAGGAGAAGAAGAAAUGAUAGAUUUUCAUGAAUUUCAAAAUAAUGCCGAAAAUGUUGAAAUAGAUACAGACUUUACUAGUGAUGGUGAAUUACCCGAUGAUGAAUCAUUUGAAGAAGGUGAUAUUUACGAGGAAGAAUUAUUAUCGGAUAUUAUCGACGAACAAAUUAUGGAUAACUGGACAGCAGAUGUUAAUGAAUCAGAGAAUCAUAGUACUUCUGAUCAAGAUAUAAUUGUAUCAGUUAUCAAGAAAUGUCGAAGUUUGGUUCUCAUGAUUAAAAGUUCAAUAAUUAUUACAUCAUUUUUCGAUAGAGAAAGAGAAAAAUUAAAUAUUAAGCGAAACUUAUGUUAUGAUGUUAAAUCACGUUGGAAUAGUACAUAUUGUAUGAUUGAUGCUUUUUUAGCUCUUCGUGAAGUUAUUGAAAAAUUAUUUAAUCAAAAACACAGUUUGCGUAUACAUCCAAAGCAAAUAAAGAAAUUAACUACUCUUGAGUAUAAAAGUGACGAUUGGAUAAUGCUGUCAGCGUUAUAUACGGUUCUUAAACCAUUUUUCCAUGCAACUAAAGUUCUCUCUGGUCGUGAUUAUCCAUCGAUUGGUCUCGCCUUUUAUUUACUUUCACGUUUAAAAACUUUUCUGCAGAAACUUGAGAAAAAAGAAAAUAUUCUAAUUAAACGCCUGAAGCAGUUAUUAUUAUUACAGUUUAUUUAUUACUUUGAAGGUGAUGAUCAACAAGUACAACUACUCAAAGUAAAUAGAGACGAUGAUUGUCCUGUUGAUUUUUCUUAA